AAUAAUCAUCACAGGGAAAAACUCUUCGUAGCGAGAUUUCCCCACCCGUCUUCUUCCUCCGAAACCCUAAUCCCCAAAUCGGAGAAUCGGACCCAGCCCGGCGCCGCGGAGAGCAUCCGCCCAUCGACCGGCAUGGCGAUUGCUCGCACUGGCGUGUACGUGGACGACUACCUGGAGUGUGAGAUUGCCGGCUCCGACUUGUUUCCCUUUUCCUUUCCAUUGGAGGUGCUUUUGGACCUUUUGCCCUUACUGGCUUCGUAUCGUUCCGCAGAUUCGAGCACCCUGGCCGGCGACCUGCAGAGGAUCCUCUCCACCAUGCACGAGCUCGACGAGAGGGCCCAUGGCAUUUUGGGUCAGACUAAAGGGCAGAUAAAAUUUCUCCUGGGGGUGCCAUCCCAUGGGUUCGACAGGCCAAACGUGGUGCAUGAUGAAAAUGCCUCGGAGAAGAUGACGAGGGAUAUUGAAAAUAGCCAGGACAACGCGCUUAGUCUCUGCACGGAGAAAGUGUUGCUCGCGCGCCAAGCUUAUGACCUGAUAGAGAGUCAUAUCAAACGUCUUGAUGAAGACCUAGGCCAGUUUGCAGAAGAUUUAAAGCAAGAAGGAAAAAUACCUCCAGAUGAACCGCAUAUCCUUCCUCCAAUGCCGGUGGGUGGCAGGGAUGAAAGACGGAGGUCCAGUUUUAGUACACCCCAAGCAGCAAGGAAGUUUGUCAGAGAGAAGGAAUGGGAGAGGGAUAGGGAGAGAGGUAUGGACUUCGACUUAAUGCCCCCUCCAGGUAGCAGCAACAAGAAGGCCGUUGCAUCUAUGGAUGUGGAUCAAAUGAUUGAUCCAAAUGAACCGACAUAUUGUAUAUGCCACCAGGUUUCAUAUGGUGAUAUGAUUGCUUGUGACAAUGAGAAUUGUGAAGGAGGCGAAUGGUUCCACUACUCGUGCGUUGGUCUGACACCAGAAACAAGAUUCAAAGGGAAAUGGUUUUGCCCAACUUGCAGGAAUCUUCAAUGAGAGGUUCUCCUAAAUUGUGUUGAUGAGGGGAGCGGUUCCAGUCGGCCCAGACUUUCCGCAACAUGCAGGACUCUUCAACAUGAGGCUCUCAGAAGCUUUUCUUGGACAGGAGGAUACCAAAUGGUACAUGUUUCAAUUUGUAAGGAGGCGAUUACUUACAGCGUGCUCUUAUUUUGGUAAUAAUGUAUAUGCUGGAGAGGACGCAACUGUUCUAGAGAAGGAUAAAAACGCUUGGCGUGUUCUGUUGUUGUAUCUUGUCGCCGCAAACAAUCUAUCAUAGUUCCAGGUGUUGGUAACCUGGUAACCAUUUUACUUU